AUGCUUGUUUCUGAUUGGCUAACACAACGCGUCUUCCGACUCUCUAGCCAAUGGCAUCAAAAUGUCAAAACCGUCAAAAAUGACUUACCUACGUGGUGUGAAGUGCUAUCCACAAUGUCGACACGAGAGGACGUUUUGCUGGCUGCGGCAGCGACUGUUGUAAUUUUAAAUAACAAAAGAAAAACAAAAAAACGUAGAUGCUGGGUUCGUCCUAGUUUAUUGACCAGAGGAAAAUACUGUGGCGAAACUAUGGUGAAUAAA